AUGUCAGAACGUAAAGCUGUCAUUAAAAAUGCUGAUAUGGAAAGAACUGUACAAGAUGAUGCAGUCUAUGUAGCAUCAGCUGCAAUGGAUAAAUAUGAUAUUGAAAAAGAUGUUGCUGCUUAUAUUAAAAAAGAAUUUGAUCGUAAAUACACACCAAAUUGGCAUUGUAUAGUUGGAAAACAUUUUGGAAGUUACGUAACCCACGAGACGAAUAACUUCAUCUAUUUCUACUUAGAUGAUCGUGCAGUACUUUUAUUCAAGUCUGGUUAGAUUAAAAUGGUGCAAAGAAUAAAGCCAACCAACCAAAUAGACAACUAAUUCAAAUGACAAAUAAACUGUGAACUAUGCAAGAUGAUUGUAUUAUUAGUUUUAAAAUAAUUAAUUGUAUCAUUU